AUGAAUUCCCCCACCGCAACUAUCAACGGUAUCACCAUUCGUAACCAUGACAAGCCCUAUGAGGCAAUUUCUCCCCAGAGACCAGAGUUGUCUCAGCAAGGUAGAACUGUCCUUGUCUGUGGUGGUUCGGCAGGUAUUGGCCACGCAAUCGCACGAAACUACUGCAUUGCCGGAGCAUCUAGUGUCGUGAUUCUGGGACGCCGUGAAGAUGUUGCCAGUGCUGCAGCACUUAAGCUUAAUGAAAGCUACCCCAACACGGCUGUCACUGCACGCACCUGUGAUGUGUUCAACAGAGAUCAGUCCCAGAAGGUCUGGGAUGACCUGGAAAAAGAGGGCAUCCUGGUCGACGUCCUUGUUGUUAACGCCGUUGGUGAGCCAGCGCUGCUGCCGAUACUCGACCAAGGCGCCGACAGACUGUGGCAAGACUUUGAGAACAACGUUCACGCUCCGCUUUACCUUGUCGAAAGAUUCUACAAGCAGCCUGGGCAUGCCAAGCAGAAGUUUGUCAUUUCUGUAUCAACUCAGGACAUCCAUUGCUGGGAUAGUGCACCUCAAAUGCCAGGGUAUCAGCUGACCAAGAGCUCAUUUGCCACUGUCAUGCAGCAAGUUGCACGAGAUACACCCGAAGAAAAAAUGCGCGUCAUCUCAUUCCAUCCUUCUAUAGUUUUCACCGAAGCAGCUCGUAAGACUGGGUAUACUGAGGACACCCUCCCAUGGACAGAUGAAAACCUCCCUGGCGGCUUUGCAGUCUGGGCCGCUUCUGCUGAGGCACAGUUCCUCCAUGGUCGAUUCGUCUGGUCGACGUGGGAUGUCAACGAUUUGAUGUCUGGAGAACUCAGAGAUCAGAUUGAGUCUGACCAAUGGCUGCUCAAGGUUGGGGUUAGAGGUCUGUGA